CGCCGCAGUGGGGAUCGAAGCCUGACUGCCUGGCCCGGGACGGCGCUCGCACCCAGGCAGGGCCCAGAGCAGUCCUCCCUCAGCAUGGGGCUGGAGGCCCAGAGGCUGCCAGGGCCUGAGGAGGCCCCAGUGCGGGUUGCCCUGCGAGUUCGACCACUGCUGCCCAAGGAACUGCUGCACGGGCAUCAGAGCUGCCUGCAGGUGGAGCCAGGGCUUGGCCGCAUCACCCUGGGCCGUGACCGACACUUUGGCUUCCACGUGGUGCUGGCCGAGGAUGCCGGGCAGGAGACCGUGUACCAGGCCUGCGUUCAGCCCCUCCUUGAGGCCUUCUUCGAGGGCUUCAAUGCCACCGUCUUUGCCUAUGGUCAGACGGGCUCAGGGAAGACGUACACCAUGGGGGAGGCCAGUGUGGCCUCCCUCCUCGAGGAUGAGCAGGGCAUUGUCCCGAGGGCCAUGGCCGAGGCCUUCAAGCUCAUCGAUGAGAAUGACCUGCUUGACUGUCUGGUGCAUGUGUCCUAUCUGGAAGUGUACAAGGAGGAGUUCCGGGACCUGCUCGAGGUGGGCACUGCCAGCCGUGACAUCCAGCUCCGGGAAGAUGAGCAUGGGAAUGUUGUGCUGUGCGGGGUGAAGGAGGUGGACGUGGAGGGCCUGGACGAGGUUCUGAGCCUCCUGGAGAUGGGCAACGCGGCGCGGCACACGGGAGCCACGCACCUCAACCGCCUGUCUAGCCGCUCACACACAGUCUUCACUGUGACCCUGGAGCAGCGGGGGCGCGCCCCCAGCCGCCUGCCCCGCCCCGCCCAGGGCCAGCUGCUCGUCUCCAAGUUCCACUUCGUGGACCUGGCGGGCUCAGAGAGGGUGCUCAAGACGGGCAGCACCGGCGAGCGGCUCAAGGAGAGCAUCCAGAUCAACAGCAGCCUCCUGGCGCUGGGCAACGUCAUCAGCGCCCUGGGGGACCCUCAGCGCCGGGGCAGCCACAUCCCCUACCGGGACUCCAAGAUCACCCGAAUCCUCAAAGACUCUCUGGGUGGGAAUGCCAAGACGGUGAUGAUCGCUUGCGUCAGCCCUUCCUCCUCCGACUUCGACGAGACCCUCAACACCCUCAACUACGCCAGCCGCGCCCAGAACAUCCGCAACCGCGCCACGGUCAACUGGCGGCCCGAGGCCGAGCGCGCCUCCGUCGAGGGCCAGGCGGCACAGGGGGCCGGCGGGCGAAAGGAGGAUGAGGGGGCGCAGCAGCUGCUGACCCUGCAGAACCAGGUGGCGCGGCUGGAGGAGGAGAACCGAGACUUUCUGGCUGCGCUGGAGGACGCCAUGGAGCAGUACAAACUGCAGAGCGACCGGCUGCGUGAGCAGCAAGAGGAGAUGGUGGAACUGCGGCUGCGGUUAGAGCUAGUGCGGCCUGGCUGGGGGUGCCCGGGGCUCCUGAAUGGCCUGCCUCCCAGGUCCUUUGUGCCUCGACCUCAUACAGCCCCCCUGGGGGGUGCCCACGACCAUGUGCUGGGCAUGGUGCCCCCUGCGUGCUUCCCUGGAGAUGAAGUUGGCUCUGAGCAGAGGGGAGAGCAGGUGACAAAUGGCAGGGAGGCUGGAGUUGAGUUGCUGACUGAGGUGAACAGGCUGGGAAGUGGCUCUUCAGCUGCUUCAGAGGAGGAAGAGGAGGAGGAGGAGCUGCCCAGGCGGACCUUACACCUACGCAGAAAUGGGAUCAGCAACUGCAGCCAGAGGGCGGGGGCCCGCCCAGGGAGUCUGCCAGAGAGGAAGGGCCCAGAGCUUUGCCUUGAAGAGUUGGAUGCAGCCAUCCCAGGGUCCAGAGCAGUUGGUGGGAGCAAGGCCCGGGUUCAGGCCCGCCAGGUCCCCUCUGCCACGGCCUCAGAGUGGCGGCUGGCCCAGGCCCAGCAGAAGAUCCGGGAGCUGGCUAUCAACAUCCGCAUGAAGGAGGAGCUCAUUGGCGAGCUGGUCCGCACAGGAAAGGCAGCUCAGGCCCUGAACCGCCAGCACAGCCAGCGUAUCCGGGAGCUGGAGCAGGAGGCAGAGCGGGUGCGGGCUGAGCUGAGCGAAGGCCAGAGGCAGCUGCGGGAGCUCGAGGGCAAGGAGCCCCAGGAUGCUGGCGAGCGGUCUCGGCUCCAGGAGUUCCGCAGGAGGGUCGCUGCGGCCCAGAGCCAGGUGCAGGUGCUGAAGGAGAAGAAGCAGGCUACGGAGCGGCUGGUGUCACUGUCGGCCCAGAGUGAGAAGCGACUGCAGGAGCUCGAGCGGAACGUGCAGCUCAUGCGGCAGCAGCAGGGACAACUGCAGAGGCGACUUCGCGAGGAGACGGAGCAGAAGCGGCGCCUGGAGGCAGAGAUGAGCAAGCGGCAGCACCGCGUCAAGGAGCUGGAGCUGAAGCAUGAGCAGCAGCAGAAGAUCCUGAAGAUUAAGACGGAAGAGAUCGCGGCGUUUCAGAGGAAGAGGCGCAGUGGCAGCAACGGCUCUGUGGUCAGCCUGGAGCAGCAGCAGAAGAUUGAGGAGCAGAAGAAAUGGCUGGACCAGGAGAUGGAGAAGGUGCUACAGCAGCGGCGGGCACUGGAGGAGCUUGGGGAGGAGCUCCACAAGCGGGAGGCCAUCCUGGCCAAGAAGGAGGCCCUGAUGCAGGAGAAGACAGGGCUGGAAAGCAAGCGCCUGAGGUCCAGCCAGGCCCUCAAUGAGGAUAUCGUGCGAGUGUCCAGCCGGCUGGAGCACCUGGAGAAGGAACUGUCCGAGAAGAGCGGGCAGCUGCGGCAGGGCAGCGCACAGAGCCAGCAGCAGAUCCGCAGGGAGAUCGACAGCCUGCGCCAGGAGAAGGACUCGCUGCUCAAGCAGCGCCUGGAGAUCGACAGCAAGCUGAGGCAGGGGAGCCUGCUGUCCCCCGAGGAGGAGCGGACGCUGUUCCAGUUGGAUGAGGCCAUCGAGGCCCUGGAUGCCGCCAUUGAGUAUAAGAAUGAGGCCAUCACAUGCCGCCAGCGGGUGCUUCGGGCCUCAGCCUCGUUGCUGUCCCAGUGCGAGAUGAACCUCAUGGCCAAGCUCAGCUACCUCUCAUCCUCAGAGACCAGAGCCCUCCUCUGCAAGUAUUUUGACAAGGUGGUGACGCUCCGAGAGGAGCAGCACCAGCAGCAGAUUGCCUUCUCGGAACUGGAGAUGCAGCUGGAGGAGCAGCAGAGGCUGGUGUACUGGCUGGAGGUGGCCCUGGAGCGGCAGCGCCUGGAGAUGGACCGCCAGCUGACCCUGCAGCAGAAGGAGCACGAGCAGAACAUGCAGCUGCUCCUGCAGCAGAGUCGAGACCACCUCAGUGAAGGGUUAGCAGACAGCAGGAGGCAGUAUGAGGCCCGGAUUCAAGCUCUGGAGAAGGAUCUGGGCCGCUACAUGUGGAUAAACCAGGAACUGAAACAGAAACUCGGCGGUGUGAACACUGUAGGCCACAGCAGGGGUGGGGAGAAGAGGAGCCUGUGCUCGGAGGGCAGACAGGCUCCUGGAAAUGAAGAUGAGCUCCACCCGGCACCCGAGCUUCUCUGGCUGUACCCCCUCACUGAGGGGGCCCCCCGCACCCGGGAGGAGACACGGGACUUGGUCCACGCUCCCUUACCCUUGACCUGGAAACGCUCGAGCCUGUGUGGCGAGGAGCAGGGAUCCCCCGAGGAACUGAGGCAGCGGGAGGCGGCCGAGCCCCUGGUGGGGCGGGUGCUUCCUGUGGGUGAGGCAGGCCUGCCCUGGAACUUUGGGCCUUUGUCCAAGCCCCGGCGGGAACUGCGACGAGCCAGCCCGGGGAUAAUUGAUGUCCGGAAAAACCCCCUGUAAGCCCUCGGGGCAGACCCUGCCUUGGAGGGAGACCUGAUCCUGCUGAAAGGGGCAGCUGCCUGUUUUGCUUCUGUGAAGGACAGUCCUUACUGCACACCCUAAAUCCAGGCCCUCAUCUCUACACUCGUUGGGAUCAACAAAUUUGGGUCAUGGCCCAAAAGAACUGGACCCUCAUUAUAAAAAAUAUGCAAAUUCCCACCACUUACUUCCUUAAAGCUGUGGUACCCAAUUGCCACCUGCCUUGUGUCUUGCUCGAGUCUCAGGACAAUUCUGGUUUCAGGCGUAAAUGGAUGUGCUUGUAAUUCUGUGGUUUGGCCAAGAAUCAUCAUGAAAGGGUCGGUGGCAACCAGGUUGUGCUUUAAAUGGUCUUAUGUAUAUAGGGGAAACUGGGAGACGUAGUACAUUUUUAGGAUCUUAAAAAAACAUUUAAUAAAAUCUCUGAAGGGAGAAAUGG